AAAGAUAGCCAGUGAGAGAGAAGAAGAUAAACAGCAGCUGAUUUUUCAAUCCAAAUGCAAAUCUCCAAACUGCUUUGCUUCUGAUCAUCAUCUUCAUCCAUUGCAUUCAAUUCACCCGAUUCCGCCGUCGAUAAUUCCUGCUGAAUGCAUAAUCAAGCUGCAAUAUCCCUCAAAUCCAGUUAUGCCCUCUUUUCUUCCUCCCCAAACGCCCUCCAAAACCCUAAAUCCUGCCUCUCGCUUGUCAGACGGCGUUGCAGCUACUAUUCGCUGCUGAAAUGCAGAGGAAUCGAGAUUCCGGCGGUCUCCAAGCAGCGCGUCGCUUCUCUCUGCGUCGGCGCCGGCUCGGUGGAGGAUGACAGGAUUAAAUCCGUUGGAGUUAAGGAAAUCGACGUCGCCACGCUUGGGAAUUUGUGCGUCGAUAUAGUGCUCAGUGUUCCUGAGCUGCCGCCGAAGCCCUUGGAUGAGCGCAAAGCCUAUAUGGAUGAGUUGUCCAAGUCGCCUCCUGAUAAGAAAUACUGGGAAGCUGGUGGCAAUUGCAAUAUGGCUAUAGCUGCAGCUAGAUUGGGACUUAAUGUUGUUACAGUUGGUCAUGUUGGGGAUGAAAUCUAUGGUCGUUUCCUCUUUGAUGUACUCCAUGAUGAAGGAAUUGGUAUGGUUGAAAUGAACGAACAGAAAACUGUGGCAAAUCUGAAAGACUAUGAAACUCUUCUGUGCUGGGUUUUAGUUGACCCCCUGCAAAGGCAUGGUUUUUGCAGCCGUGCAGAUUUCAGUGCGGAACCUGCAUUUAGUUGGAUGAGCAGUCUUUCCAUAGAAGCAAAGAUGGCUAUAAGAAGGUCAAAGAUUGUUUUCUGCAAUGGUUAUGGAUUCGACGAACUUUCGCCUAGCUUGCUUGUGACUGCUCUAGAUUAUGCCGUUGAAGUGGGUACAUCAGUCUUUUUUGACCCUGGCCCACGAGGGAAAUCUCUUCAAACUGGAACCCUCGAAGAGCGAAAAGCCCUUGAGAAGUACUUGAGGAUGAGUGAUGUUCUUCUAUUAACUUCUGAAGAGGCUGAAUCAUUGACUGGCGUUGAGGACCCUAUAUUAGCAGGUCAAGAGCUGCUCAAGGAAGGAAUUCGGACAAAGUGGGUGAUUAUUAAAAUGGGUCCAAGAGGUUCUUUAUUCACCCCUUCAAGUAUCUCCUGUGCCCCUGGAUUUAAGGUUGAUGUCAUAGACACCGUUGGAUGUGGAGACAGUUUCGUGGCCGCCAUUGCAUUUGGUUUUAUACACAAAAUGUCUCUGGUUUAUACAUUGACCAUUGCAAAUGCUGUAGGUGCUGCAACUGCUAUGGGUUGCGGUGCUGGUAGAAAUGUCGCUGCCCUGAAGCAGGUAAUGGAACUUGUCAAAGGAUCAAACCUCAAAGAAGACAACAAGUUCUGGGAGGACUUGCUAAGGGCGCACACGGAUGCAGAGCAGAUCACACUGCUCACAGAAAUUGCUGUAAAUGGAAAUAGCAGUCACGUUCAACCCAUCUCCUUGCAGAAAGUGAUCUCUGAACUGAUACCCAAGCUUGAAUGCGCAGAUCGAAAGCAGGUUGGAGUAUGUUGAUUAGCAGUAUGGAUUUCUUAUUCGAGAUAACGGGUGAUACAAGAGAGAAGAUAUUGUUUGGAAUGCAACACUCUGGACAACCAGCUGAACUUAGAACAGUGGGGAUUCUGGUAAUUUUUGCAUCAAAUUAGAGUUAGAUUUAUAUUGUUUGCCAAUUUUAACUGGUGUAUUUUGAUUAAAUCCAUCUUAGUUAGUACAGCUUCCAUGUCAAAAUUCUGCAAUUAUUGGCUAGGCUUUAUAUUAUAGUACUAUAUGGCAGAGGUGUAUCAUCUUAAUGGCAUGAUUUUUUGUGAUA